CUUCUCCACAACACUUCUUGACGCUUUGUUUGGGCUACUGACAUGUCCAGAGGACGCACGAAAUCAUGACUUUGCUUCAAUUUCUGCGGCAGCUUUAUUCCCUCGACACGCUCGACACCCGCUUCAUAAUAUCAGCCACUGCUCCCCCCAAGGAGGCACUUAAGGAAGCUCGCUUUGACCCAGCACAGUCUUCGCCGGGAGAGAAUGGUCGCAGUCAGACGAAAGUAGGAAGCAGUAGUGCACAGAAGAUAGCAGAGAACGCCCGCCCUUCACAAUGGCGGACCCCCGAGUUCUAUAUUUACUAUGUUAUAUUCAUUCUCGUCGUCCCUAUGAUGUUUAAGGUUGUAUGCGAUGUCUCGAAAGAAUCCCAUCCGAAUUAUCCUAAAUUCGCCAAUUUACUCUCGGAUGGCUGGAUCCCCGGCCGGAAAGUCGAUGACUCCGAUGCCCAGUAUGCUGGCUUUCGACAGAAUCUGCCGUAUCUAUUCGUUGUCGUCCUUCUGCAUCCGCUCCUUCGUAAGGCCUACAACUACCUCACAAUGUCAAACAUAUACACGCAGGUGUCGAGCAGCCCACUGACCAUGGGACUGUCUCCAUCUGCCGCUGCAGAUGCCCGACUAGAGCAGAGAAUAUCGUUUGACUUUGCCUUUGCUGCCGUUUUCAUCACUGCUCUCCACGAAUUUUCCGCGUUGAAGAUCCUCUUGAUACUGUAUCUCAAUUACAGUAUUGCUCUGAAGUUGCCGAAACGGUACAUCCCUGCAGCGACCUGGAUAUUCAACAUUACCGUUCUCUUCGCCAAUGAAUCUUUCCGGGGUUAUUCGGUUGCUGCAAUAUGGGCGUUUGUGCUUCCUCAGUCUCCUUCGGCAGAUGGCAAGCUACCUUCCACCAACUGGGGGCAGUGGGUCGAUAGCCAUGGAGGAUUGAUAUCUAGAUGGGAGGUUCUCUUCAACAUCACAGUCCUACGCUUGAUAAGCUUCAACAUGGACUACUACUGGAGCUUGAAUCUUCGGGGCGGCAGUCCCGUCGAGAAGAAGCAACUCGACCCCUCGAAUCUUUCGGAGAGAGACCGCGUGUCUGUCCCAGCAAAGCCAGCCGACUUCUCCUUCCGGAACUACUUCGCAUACAUACUGUACUCACCACUCUACCUUACUGGUCCGAUCCUUACCUUCAACGAUUAUAUCUCCCAACAGCGCUAUCGUCCCCACAGCAUCAAUGCCACCCGUACAACCAUGUAUGCGAUACGGUUCGUUGUCGCGCUCUUGACCAUGGAAAUCAUGAUCCACUACAUGUAUAUGGUCGCCAUCUUUAAAGCACAGCCGGCCUGGGAGAUCUACACCCCCUUCCAACUCAGCAUGCUGGGGUACUUCAACUUGAACCACAUCUGGCUGAAACUUCUUCUUCCCUGGCGGUUCUUCCGCCUGUGGGCUCUCCUCGAUGGCGUCGAUCCUCCGGAGAACAUGGUCCGAUGCAUGAGCGACAACUACUCCGCCGCUAUGUUUUGGCGCAAUUGGCACCGUAGCUUCAACCGUUGGAUUGUCCGGUAUAUCUAUAUCCCCAUCGGCGGCAGCGGCACCACAGGUCUAUGGGGCAAAGCGCGCAACAUCGGUAAUUUCCUCGCCGUCUUCACAUUCGUCGCGCUGUGGCACGAUAUCCAGCUGCGACUGCUGAUGUGGGGAUGGCUGAUAACGCUGUUUAUCCUUCCUGAAGUCAUUGCUACGCUGCUCUUCCCGGCACGCAAAUGGCGGAGUCAGCCGAAUGCGUACCGUGUCAUCUGCGGUGUUGGCGCUGUGGGGAACAUCCUCAUGAUGAUGGUCGCCAAUUUGGUAGGGUUUGCGCUGGGAAUCGAUGGGCUGAAGGGAUUGAUCAAUGGGAUCGUGGGGAGCUAUUCGGGGUUGGGGUUCCUUGCUGCAGCGUGCGCGGCGCUGUUCGUUGGUGCGCAGGUCAUGUUUGAGGUUCGGGAGCAGGAGAUGAGAGACGGGAUAAGGAUGAAGUGCUGA